GUAAGUUGUGUGGAUAGCUGAUAUGGAUGUAAGCUGCAUACUGAAAUGUGAAAACUGUGCCUCACUUUGCUUCUAGUGAAGUUUAUAGGUUGACAUUUACAACUUAACAUAUAAAGAAAAAUGACAGCCUGAUGUUCAGCAUAUUUUAAGUUGGAAUAUAACUUAGGUUUUUAAUGCGAUUGAGGAGAAAGAAAAAAGAUAAAAAGAAAAAUGGUGACCUGAAAUCUAACGCCAUGGGUAACAACAACACAUCGGGGGUUGCCACACCACCGGUAGAACGAAAGUCAAAGUUCGCAGCAAUAGGGAAAAUAUUCAAGCCCUGGAAAUGGAAGCGGAAAAAGAAGAGUGAAAAGAUAGAGAAAACUGCAAAAGAAUUGGAACGUAACCUCUCAGUUCGCUCUACUAGGGAGGAGCUUAUAGAGAAAGGUGUUCUCAAGAUUCGUACGGAGGACACGAUAGAGGAGGUGAAUGAAAACCAGUCUGCAAACACUAGUCACAACCAGUCUGUCGCCCCUAGCAACGACCAGGCAGAUGUCACUAGAGUCACCAAUGGUGAUGGUGUUGGUUCGAGCAGUGAAGAAGUGAGCGAUGCUGUAAAGUCUGUCACAGAGAAUGGUGUGGUGAACACAGCGGUGGAGACAAGUGUGUCAGACAAUAAUGUCAUCACCACAAGGGCCGAAAUAGCUUCACCCCAGAGCAACUCUAUAGACCUGCCCUGUUCGGGCCAAGGUGAGCAGCCUACAGUGUCAUCCAUACCAGCAACUUCCACAUCACAGGCGCGGCCUGUGAUAAUCUCUGCCUUGCCAGCCACAGUCAUUCCAGAGGUCAAGGUCACGGUACAGUCUCCUGAACCAACGCAAAGAGCGGAGCCCCUUGAGACACAGGCCCCGGACACACACACAAACACAGCACAGGAACCCACUUCUCAGGAACAACGUCAGGAAGAUUCAUCCCCACGGGCACCUGAGGUUUCACCCCGCUCUCAGCCAGAGGUAACUCUGAGGGCUCAACCAGAGGUUACUCCCCGCCCUGUUCCAGAGGUUACCCCCAGGGUCGCAAUGACCUCAUUUGGUAAUACGACCACAAUCAGAGACACUCCUCGUUAUAAGCCCAGGUUUCAGGACAGCAGUGAGGAGGAUGAAAGUGAUGAAGAGUAUGAUCAUCCUCCACCCCCGACCAGCGAUCCUCGAGUGUGGGAGGCGGAUGCUAGUGAGCCUGACUUUACCAAAAUGCCAAUUAAAAGUGCUUUAAAAAAGACUCCUGUCGCAUACUCUAGUGUACAAACUACGAGAAAUGCUGGUGAUAGUGUAAAAACAAACUUUAGCGCUCGAGUGUCGAGAGAUACACCUCCCCCAGAGGGGAACAGUGUCGUACCCCAGCCCUCCCCUAAGGCUACACCUGUAAAUCAGGGCCCACCAAGACCCAAACCAAGGAUUACACUUCUCAGGGGCAUACAGGCGUGUGACUCGGACACGUUACCUGCCCCACCUGCAUACCCCUCGGUACCUGAGCACCCACCCCCUCCAUACAAGGCACCUGCUCCCUUGCGGGAUGACGAAUCUUCCUCCGAUGAUGAGGAAAUCAACUACAGGGAUGAUGACGACCAGCCAACUGGUUUGGCAGCCAAGGUGGCUCGACAGGACAGUCUUGCACGGUUCUUGAGCAACAGACCAUCACGUCAGGAACUUGUGGAGAAAAACAUUAUUCCAUACAAGUCAGAUGAUCAGAUACAUAAAGAAAGGGCGGAGAUUGGCUCAAAACUCAUCAGGCGACUGAGUUUACGACCUUCACAGGAAGAGUUGGAACAAAAAAACAUUCUUCACUUGCGGAGUGAGGAUAUCGCAAAGAGAGAAAAGGAGGAGAGAAAGAAAUUGUUGAUUAGAAAGCUGAGUUUCCGACCCACGAUCGAGGAGCUGAAGGAGAAGAAAAUCAUCAAAUUUAAUGAUUAUCUGGAGGUCACAGACGCAACAGAGUAUGACCGGCGGGCAGACAAACCCUGGACACGCCUCACACCCAGGGAUAAGGCUGCCAUAAGAAAAGAGCUUAAUGAUUUUAAAGCUGGAGAAAUGGAUGUUCAUGAUGAUAGCAGACAUUUAACUAGAUUCCACAGGCCAUGACAUGGAGCUGUGACAUAGAGCAUGUUACCGAUGUGUAUUCACGCUAGCAGCAGGCCUGUGAAAUGACCAUGCCCAGCUCCCGUAUGCACUGAAUCCUAUAUCGCAGCGUUCUUACACAGCAUGUGCUCGGCUUCCCAGCAACACAGACGGACAUAUCAUCGCCAAGUGUUCACAAAACUUUAGAAAUAUUGAAAAACUCUGCCAUGAUUCAUUGAUAAAAACAUGUCUGCUGUGAGCUAAAUAGAAAAAAAUCCAUCUAUGGAUUCAAUGAAGGAACACUACAUCCUGCAAGUUCAAAAUUAUUAUUAGAUAUUCUGUGUUUGUCAAAUUGGAAGCAUUUAUAUGCUGAUAUAUUUAGGAAAAAACUGUGAUACCCCUGGCACUGAGAUAUUGUGUGAUUAUGUGUGUAAGACCGAACAGGGAUCUGGGUUUCACAUGGAAGAUGUCUGUGAUCUCUCUACAUUCAGUUUUUACUAGUGAUAUGAUGUUUUUCGUGUUCACUAUAAUCCACCUUGACUGUAUGCAGAUAUUUUUUGUGUUGUUUUGGUGUAAUGAAUAAUUUCCAUGUUCAAAUUGCUUUGCUUGAAAACUGUAGGAUACAUUUUAACAUGGGAACAGAGGUUGAAGUUGGCCAAUUUUUGUUUUGUGUUAAAAGCAAUGGAAUUAAGAACAAAGAUUUUACCUGUUGUAUAAGAUCGCUCUAAAUAUUUGUUUCUUUAUUGUUGCUCAUUUAUUAUACUCUCUGCCAUGAUUUAAAUCUUUUCAAAUAGAGAUAUAAUUGUUUAAAUACCUGUUAUCAAAAGCUAUUUUCAUUCAAGAUUUAAGCCAUAAGUCAUCUCAGUUGCAAUUAUUGAUGUAACGAACAUUGCUGUAAUUGAUUGUUACAUUGCUAGUAUUAAUCUGAUUUUAUGGAUAUAAUCCCAUUCAUCUUGUAAUUUUAGUGAGUAAUGCAUGUGCCCAUUGAUACUUUAAUACUAUUGUAAUUUAAUUUUCAUGUCGAUCUAUUUAUAAAGCGUGUGAACUGUGAUGUCAGGUUGGAUAUUAUCCUCUCUUAGUAAAGAGCUCACAAGUGAUAUUCCUAUACUUAACAACAGAUUUUAAUUUCUUAAUAUAAUACUACCUGGUAGCUUUGUUUGCAACACGUUUAUUAUUUAUUCCAACCAUUUAUGAUUUAGUGAAAUCAUCAUUACAGCACAAUCAUUUUUAUAUUAACUUCAACAUAUAUAGGCAGAAUUAUUUUUAUUGUGAUACUUUCAAAAUAUGACAUUUAUAUUUCUGUUUUUUUAAAUGAUCUCUGCACUGUUUCUGCCAAAAACAUGCAGAAUCGCAUUUCUUAAAUUAAUAUUAGGCCUAAAACAAUACAUAUAUCUGAGUUUAGGGAACAGUCUCAAAAACGCAGGUAGUUUAGAGGGAAAAGUUUGUUUUAAAGUCCAGUCAAAACAGCAAAGCAACAAAAAUUAAAAAUCAGGAUGUUUUCACGUUCAACAACAAUUAAAAAUCAGAAUGUUUUUUGUAUCUAAGGUAACAAGAAUCCUCUAGGAUCAUGGGGUUUUGUCAGGUACAUGUAUGGUCAGGUUGCCCUAAACACAGGAGAUCUUUUAGGCCUAUUGUCUAGUUUUCUAAGAACUUGCUUCCAUGGUUUGUUUUCUUUAAAAGUGACAGUGUGGUGAGUGUAUUAGUUUUAUAUUUUGAAGUGAGUGCAUUACAUUAAACUGUCAUUUUAAAGCAUUUAGCCACCGUACAUACCAUACGCAUAUUCUCAACCACUCUUCCUGCUAACAGCUAUAUUUGUACAACCAUACAAUAUAAUAUUAAAAUGUGCAACUGAAAAAGUAUUUUUAUUCUUAAAGAAGUGAUAUGAAGUCCAUCAGAGUCCAACUAUGAUGGUAUCACAAAGGUGGAUGUGGGAUCAUUAUCCCAGUACUUGGGGUUUCAACCCAUUUUCGAGGUAACUUGUGGAUGAGAAUGUCCUAGUGUCUUAACAGAACUUUCAAGGUUGUGUUGUGAUGUUGAUAAUGUACCUACUAUUAGUAGUUAUAUUCAAGUGCUUUGUGCUGACAAACUAUGUUCAAAUCUUCAUGAAGUGAUGUUUGUACUGACAUGCAUUUUUAUGCCAAACAGAUAUGAUGCGUAAAUUCUGCUUGUUUGUAGUCCAAUUAUAGAGCUAUAUUUCAUAGUUAUAAAGCAAUAAAUAAUGAUUAUUGGAUAUUCUAAUCUAUGAUACCCCUUUCAAUAGAGCAAACUUAUUUAGACCAAUAAACGCACCAACUGGCCGAAACUGACUACAAAAUAGUCUUGAUUAUUUUUAACUUUUAACAUUGAUUUGACAGUACAGUAAGAUGCUUUUUUUACAAAAUGUUUAAACAGUGUCAGCAUGAUAGCAAAAAAAACUUUUCUAUUAGUGUCCAAAUUUGAAAUUUUAUGUAAGCAUUGUAGAAAGAUAAGAACAUUUUGAUCUCAUUUGUUUACAAUUAAGUUUUUGACAGUGAAUGUUUAAGUAAAGAGCAUAGGAAGUUAUUUAAUACUUAAAAUAUCUAUAUAAUUAUAUUCUAAAGAAAAAAACUAUUCUUAAUUGGAUUAAUAUAUAUUCAUUAUUUUUCUCAAAAACCAUGAUUUUGAUUUCAUUGAAACAUACACAUUUUAUUGUAUCUAUUGUAUAUUUUGCAAAUUUUAUAUUUUGUAUAAAGUGGUAUUGUACAUUAAAAUGUACAGAGCUUAUGAGACAAGCAUUAUGAUGAUUUGUGUUGUUGAUGCAUUGUAAUAUUGUAUGUUUUUUCAGUAAUCAUUGAUGAUACUUUAUUGUAAUUGUAUGCCUAAUGGACUUGUAGAGUUUUCAUCCGGUCUUUCAUCACAGCAAAAAUAUAUAAACUGGUUUAACACCACAUGGUUAAAUGAUAUAGUAUAUUAAUUGUUCAUAUUUCUCUUCCAUAUUGUAUAUAAAUUUCUGCAUAUUUUUACCAGUAGGGUAUACAUGCAUUCCAUAAAUAAAUGCCAGUCUUCACAAGUUGAGAAAAAUGUAUUGGUUUAAAUAGCCAUGGUUACGAUUUACCUAUCACCUUUUGGUUUAAAAAGUAAGGAAAUUACUCAUUGGCUUAAUUCAUAUGACUGUUCUUUUAAUUUGGUCAUACUAUAUGUUCUACAAUGCUUUGCCAAGUGUUCAGCAAUCAACAUCUGAUUAUUUUCACAUUUGUUUUAACUGACUGACCAGUAACUUUGAUAAAAUACAUGUCUUAACUUCAAAGGGUAUCAUGUAAAUCAGGAGUGUUCCAAUUAAUGCUUGCAUCUGCAAUGAUAAAUAAAAAAAAUAUUAAUUUUGUGAAGUGGGAAAAUAGACAUUAUAUUACUUUUACACCAAGUAACACCAUUGAACUUGAACAUUACCAUUAUGCACUUGUGUUUCAUAUGUUGGUUACUUGCUACUUAUCACAUGUAUGUUAACACUGACUCUGUAAUUGUUGUAUACAGCUGUAAGGUAUCAUCUGAACAAUAAAUUUAUUUAAAUGCC